AUGCCUGGCUCUCCUGCUUCCUCGUGGGCCCUCUAUCGCGCCCGUCUGCGGCGCGUCUUCCAUGGCGCUGAUCCGCGAGUGUGCGCGGCUUUUUGGUUGUUUGGCCUCAUCAACAACGUCCUCUACGUAAUCAUCCUCUCCGCCGCCCUCGAUCUCGUAGGCCCCAACGUCCCCAAGGGCGUUGUCCUCCUCGCCGAUGUCCUCCCCUCGUUCCUCACAAAACUAUGCGCCCCCUACUUCAUACACAAGAUCCCCUACCAUGUCCGCAUCGUCGCCUUUGUCGCCCUGUCCGCAGCCGGCAUGCUCAUCAUCGCCCUCACCCCGCCCUUGCAGGACUCGGCUACGAUCGCAAUCAAAAUGUGUGGCGUCAUGAUGGCCAGCCUCAGCAGCGGGGGUGGCGAGCUUAGCUUCCUCGGCCUCACCCAUUUCUACGGCCACUUUGCACUGGCUUCCUGGGGCUCCGGUACGGGUGGUGCGGGCUUGAUCGGUGCGGGCGCAUACGCCAUUGCGACAAACACACUCGGCAUCGAUCCCCGCACAAGCUUGCUUGUCUUUUCCUUCCUACCCCUGGUUAUGAUUUUUAGCUUUUUCUUUGUCCUCCCCCUUGGCCCACUUCGCGCUGGCACCAGUAAGCAUGCCGAGUACGAAGCCAUCGACGAUGAAGAACCAGACGCCGCCGACGAAGAAGAAGAAGAAGAAGAAGCAACAGAGGCCAGGGAGCGUGAUGACCUGCUCUCUUCCUCCAUGCACUCGGCCUCGGGCCGCACCUUUAGCUCCGCCAACAGUAAGCCUGCUAGUAGUGCGCUGAGUAGCUUCCAGGCCAAUCUGAACCGUGCAAGAGGCUUGUUCUUUCCUUACAUGCUGCCUCUUCUCCUCGUCUACAUUGCCGAGUACACAAUCAACCAAGGCGUCGCGCCUACCUUGCUGUUCCCUCUCGAAUCCUCCCCCUUUGAUGAGUACCGCUCCUUUUACAGCACCUACAAUGCAAUCUACCAGGUCGGUGUUUUCAUCUCACGCUCUUCAACGCCCUUCAUACGCAUCCAUCAUCUCUACCUUCCUUCCUUUCUUCAAGUCGGCAAUCUCAUUCUGCUCACGCUGCACGCCAUGUUUGCAUUCAUCCCAAGCUACUACAUUGUCUGCAUCAUCAUAUUUUGGGAAGGUUUGUUAGGCGGCCUUGUUUACGUCAGCACGUUUGCUGAGAUAACCGAUAAUGUGCCCAAGGAGGACAGGGAGUUUAGUCUGGGUGCGACAAGUGUAAGUGACUCGGCUGGCAUCUGCAUUGCUGGCUUCUUGGGCAUGAUUGUUGAGGUGAGUCUCUGUCGCUGGCAGGUAGAGCAUGGGAGAAACUACUGUAAGCUACAAUAG